AUGGCGCACAGGAGCAUUGGCUCGGGCCGGGUGUAUACGCCCACUCCUGCCGAGGCCGCUGUAUGCGGGGCCUAUCCGUCUGGUCCGUUCCCAGAUCUCAGUGCCAGGACAUCCACCUUCUAUACGCCGGAGCCAUCCGCAAGGUCUUCUGACUUUGCAUCCUUCUAUGAUGCCAGUUCGUCUGUGGGCUCAGCUCGUAUAGCUGAGCUCGGAAGCUUAUACGAGCAUGGUCUCACCCACAGCCAGCCACUCCAACGCCGAGAGGCUGACAGACGCAAGCAGAAAGCUGUUAUGGCGGCAGCAUUCGAUGCGUUUGCGCCGUCUGCUGAGCCCGGUAGGAGCCCGCCACCGCCACCAGGUGCGGUGAGAGAGCAGGUCGAGGAAGAGGUGUCUUUGGAUCCUCGACAGGUGUACAGUGCAGCCAGACACGGGAGGCAUAAGGAGGUGGAAGCGGCCCUGUUGGCCGGCUUCAACCCCGACUAUGCAGACUCCUUCGGCAAUCGACUCUUCCAUGUCGCCUGUCAGAACGGUAACAAAAGGAUAUGCAAGCUUGCCAUCAAGUACGGUGGCGACAUGGACGCACAAAAUGCCAAGGGCAAUACUGGCCUGCACUUUCUUUUCGCAUAUGGAUAUGCGGAUAUUGCGGAGUAUUUCAUUGAAAAGGGUGCAGAUGAUACAAUCGCUAAUGAGACUGGCAAGACAGCCAGAGAAGGCAUUCGCUGA